UUUUUUUUUACGUUGUUCGUGGAUCAUCUACCAUCUAUCCAUCUCCUAUCAUUCUUACGCACAUAUACCCGGGUACUUCCCAAGCCAUAUUCUCCAUAAGAAUCAUAUUUAGCGUCUUUUUCUCGAAUUGUUCCGAUACACGAUACACCUAUCCGAAGUGCCAAUUUUACAAUUAAGGAAAUACUUGUGUCUUAUCGGCUUGCACAGCUACGAACCAUUCAGCGGCAAAUAUGGGUUUGCUGUAUGUCGCCCCUCGGUGAAAGUCCGAAGACCAAUCUAGUGAUACGUGAUCAUUGACACUCAACUCCAGGGCUUUAGGAACGGCUCUUGAUUGGCCCGAUGCGCAGAAGCACGCGCAGCAAGUCAGGGAAUGGGGUAUCAAGGUAGUCCCUUAUCGCCGCCUGCCUCGUAAUCACUCCGGCGCCAUGGCUGAUCUCGUCAUAGCAAUUGCUGGAAAUUUGGAAUAAGGCUAAGCACAAGGAACGAGAUGCUAUGUUGUGGGGUGAUGAAAUAGAGUACCUGGUCGUGAAAUAUUCGAAAGACGACCCUAAUGUCCUUUUAUCACUGCGGCAAGCCGAUAUCCUAACAGCAUUAGCAGCUGAUGAGGAACUCUCGGAUAAAGGCGGCUGUGUACCGGCGCUUCAGGAUGUCGAGACCCCAAAACUGAACCCGCUGCCUGUCUUCCACCCCGAGUUUGGUAGGUUCAUGCUCGAGGCUACGCCGGGGAAACCAUGGGGUAUUGGGUUUAAGGAACUCCUAGGCGUUGAACCUGACAUGAAAAAUAGGAGGAGAAUCGCUAAGGACCAUAUGCAAUCUGAAGAAUAUCCAAUCACUCUCACUACCUUCCCCCGUUUAGGUGUACCAGGCGUCUUCACUGACCCCUAUUAUCGACCAUCUGGGCCAAAGUUACGGUCACAAUUUGUACCAGAUGAGAUCGCCAAUCCACACAUUCGAUUCCCAACCCUAGCGGCAAACAUACGAUGGCGACGCGGAAGGAAAGUGCAAGUAAACGUCCCAGUUUUCCACGAUGAGAAUACACCAAAUCCAUGGAAGGAUCCUACAAUCAACUAUGACCUUCACAAUUGGCCAGAAGACGACGAUGUUAGAAAUGGCGCUGCCCCAGAUAACUUCAUUCAUAUGGAUGCCAUGGCGUUCGGAAUGGGAAGUUGUUGCUUACAGAUCACUUUCCAAGCGAAGAACAUCACCGAAGGUAGACGGAUGUACGACCAACUAAGCCCGAUUGGCCCGAUCAUGUUAGCUCUAACGGCAGCGACGCCAAUAUAUAAGGGUUUCCUAGCGGACACUGAUGUCCGUUGGAAUCAGAUCAGCCGUGCUGUCGACGACCGAACCCCUGAAGAACUAGGAGAAAAGCCCCUGAAAAAUAACCGAUGGCGCAUACCAAAAUCUCGUUAUGCGUCUAACUCCACCUAUAUCAGCACCGAUGCGCGCUUAAGGCAAGAAUACUUCGAUCCCGAUCUCGUUAUCGAUGAAGCGAUCAAAAGAGAGCUCCUUGAGGGUGGUAUGGAUGACCGUCUCGCUACACAUUUCGCACAUCUGUUUAUCCGCGAUCCUAUAGUAAUCUUCAGUGAGGAUCUCAAGGAGCUUGACCUAACUAAAGCCGACCAUUUUGAGAACAUCCAGAGUACCAAUUGGCAGCACAUGCGCUUCAAGCCACCACCACCAGGUUCCGACAUCGGCUGGCGUGUCGAGUUCCGACCCAUGGAGAUCCAGGUUACAGAUUUCGAAAAUGCUGCAUUCGCGGUGUUUAUGGUAUUGAUCACUCGCGCGAUUCUUAGCUUCGAUCUUAACUUCUACAUCCCCAUCGUCAAGGUAGACGAGAACAUGGAGACGGCGCAUGCUCGCGACGCUGUCCUCGAGAAGAAAUUCUACUUUCGCAAGAACCCGUUCCCGAACCGACCCCCGCGUAGCAGCGCCGCCGCGUCACGCGCCGGUUCGCCGAACGCUAGCAGACCCCCGACUCCUAUUGGCCCGGUUGAGGAUGAAUACGCAUUGAUGACCGUCGAUGAAAUCAUCAAUGGCUCCGACGAGCACGGCUUCCCGGGUCUAAUUCCGAUCGUAGAGAGUUACCUUGACUCCGUCAAUGUGGAUGUGCAAACCCGUUGCGAUUUAAGCACGUACCUAGAUCUCAUCCGCAUGCGUGCUAGCGGUGAGCUAUGGACUGCGGCGAAGUGGAUUCGUCAUUUUGUUGCCAAGCAUCCCGAGUAUAAGAAGGAUAGCGUUGUCUCAGAUCAGGUUACGAAAGACCUCGUUGCCGCUGUGAUUGAUAUUGGGGAUAGAGAACAGGAGGGACGUGGGUGGAAGGAUUUAGACGUGCCCGAUGUGAAGCACUUGCUUGGGUCGUUCAGGAGUAGUGGAUGUGGUGGGUUAUGAUGCUCACGGGGGCUAAUACGCUCAUGGCUAAAGACUUAAGUGCAUACAUGGUCUCGUUUGUUGGUGGCUGCUUUCACUACGAACUACUUAUGUGCCACCUACCUAGGUACACAUGGUGCUGAGCAUAGACUAGCGUAGUAAUUCUAUUCGUUUUACUUAA